AUGGCUGAAUGCGUUAAACUUCCCAAGAGCAUCGUGGAUAAGUCCUGGGACUUCUAUAAACAGGUUUGGUCACAUUUAAUUGUGUAUUUCCAGGUACACGACGACAAAAACUUAAAAGGCAGAGCGAAUGACGCUAUUGCAUCAGCUUGCUUAUACAUCGCCUGCCGCCAGGAGGGCAUGCCCCGUACAUUCAAAGAAAUCUGUGCCGUCAGCAAAAUCAGCAAGAAAGAGAUUGGCCGGUGUUUCAAACUCAUCCUCAAAGCUCUUGAGACCUCGGUGGACCUCAUCACAACAGCGGACUUCAUGUCUCGGUUCUGCUCAAACUUGGGGCUCCCGAACUCUGUGCAAAGGGCCGCCACGCAUAUUGCGAGGAAGGCUGGAGAGCUGGAUAUUGUGUCUGGACGAAGUCCUAUUUCAGUGGCCGCUGCUGCUAUUUAUAUGGCUUCCCAGGCAUCAGAAGACAAACGCAGUCAGAAGGAGAUCGGCGACAUCGCCGGCGUGGCAGACGUCACCAUCCGGCAGUCCUAUAAGCUCAUGUACCCGUUCGCUGCCAAACUCUUCCCCGAUGACUUCAAGUUCGCCACACCCAUCGAGUUCCUCCCACAGAUGUAGACUGUAUGUGCAAACAGUAAUGACAAUAUUUAUCACUAAAUGUGUUGACGUCAGUAAUAUUGACAGUACUUAUCAACAUACAAGGCAUGGAAGCAAAUUAUUGCUGACAGUGUUCGAGGACCAGCAUGA